CUCCCGCCGUUGGUUGUAUGUGUUUGAUGAAGGUGCUGUUGGGAAGUGUCUUUACUUCCCAGCGUUCAACACAGAUAGAAACCCGUCGUGCAUUGCGUUUAACCAAGACUUGAGGUAUUUGAACUUUCUGCUUGUAUGUAGGAGAAAUGGUUACUGCGUUUCUGAGUAUUUUGUGACCUUUAAGUGAAGAACGUGAGCGCUCGAAUGUCGCUAAAGCGAACAACAAUGGCGGGCGCGAGUCUUUUUUCGAUAUCCUUGAGUCUUUCGCCCGAAAGGCCGCUUUGUGUUUCGUGUAAAGAUGGACGUCUUCGAUGCUCGGUUUGUCCUGCGUGUAAAGGCCUGAUGUUUUCUCUCGUUAUGUGAUGAAACGUGAACGCGGGAUUGUGAAAAAACAUAGUGCUAGUAUUGAAUUUGUAAUCAGAGGUCGGGGAAUAGCUGUCUUUGAGUUCAGUAUCCAUGCGUUUGGUUUCGAUACCCCCUUCUCCUUCCACGUUGCUCGCAGUAGCGCGGUUUGUUCGUAGAAUUGAAAGAACGACCAAAGCCAUACAUCUGUUUUGAGUUUUUGUAUCAUUCGUGAAAACUAAGUGAAUUCAUUCAGUGUGUAGUACAUGUACAUGUAGGUAUGUUAAUAAAAGCGUGACAAGGACGUCUUGCAUUUGACUCGCAAUCGAUCGAAGUGCACCCUUGCACACAAAGAACGUCUUGAAAAUUGAGUUACCAAAUUAAAGGAGCCACGAAAUCGUUGGUCAUAAGCUUAAUCUUUUCCCACACAAACAACAUUUUAGGUGACAAGUUCGGUGGCAACCUUUGUAGCCCGACAACAGUGUCUUAAGAUUCCCUCAUGAUUGCUUGGGGCAAUGUUCUCAUACCCAAGCUCAACAACAUUUUCCCUGUACCAAAUAUUCUCAUUUUUCUGUGUACUGCAUGCUUGAUGUAACUCCAGUGCUUAACAUGUUAAUUCCUUUUCAUGUAGGUGCCAAAAACAUUCAUGCAUAUCACAUAAAACUACAAAUUUACUCUAGCUUUGUUUCUGGUAGCACUGGUAAGAUGCUCAAGAGGUAGUGUUUCACUUGAACAGCAGAAAAACGACAUGUUACAUGUUUUGAAUAUUUUUAAUUUUAUUUUUAUUGGUCUUAAAAUGCAAAUCAUACCCGAGAAUGCACAUAUGAAAGUGCUGUUGAUAACUAUUAUUUGACGGCCAUUCAAUAAACUUUAAUUUGUCAAGUACUAAAAAUAUGUUUUUAUGAAACAAUUUAUUGUACUGUAGCUAGCGAGAGGCUCUUUUUCUCCUUUCCACUGUUUAUUCUAUCUUAUUUCAUUUAAAAUAAUUUGAUUUUUCUAAUAAAUAUAAUUAUUUGUUAUUAAUAUCCAUAAACAAUAAACAUUUUUAUAUGAGCUCAAAGUGAACAUUUUGAAAGUACCUUUUUUCCGUUAUUUUUACCAUUGUUCCAAUCACUGUUACCCCCGGUGCUUUAUUUUGCUCAGGUUACUUGCCCACAUACACUGUAUGUAUGUGGUUGUCUGUGAAUUUCCAAGGACUUAAACAGUACAGUCUUAAUUUGACGCAUGAAGCACCAUAUUUUAUUCGUAAAAUAUGUCAAGCGAUUUCCCUGCAACCUCGAACGAGUAAAAGUUGAUCACUGUUAGAUAAGGGUGAUGAGAAAACUAUGAAAGGAAUUCAUAAACCCUGUAAAUUAACAAAAAUUAGGUUGUGAGUCAGCCCACUCAUUCACAAGCAUUUUCCCACUCACCAAUAAAAAAAAUUAUAUCAUCUUAAUGAUCUCACCACUCAGAAGAAUCCUCUUUGAUCAUUUUUCUUUUCAAUCUCCAUCUGCUGUUGACUUCCAUAUUAUAUAUAUACAGUGGUUAUAUUCUCACAGAAAACAUUUCCAAAAUUUGGAAAGAAAUGGAAUCUGAUCUGGAUGGAAGAGAAUCUAAAGAGGAAAGUGAGGUCCAUUUGGAAGGUAUGACUAAUGGUAGAUUAGAUUUUUACUGAUACAAUUUGUCCAUCUAUGCCAGCUGACCACACAUGUCUCACACAUGUCUCUCUUACUAACUUAAGAGUUGCUUUGAAAACUUAGACAUAACUGGGUGGUUUUAGGAUAUACCGGUAUCCUUGUUUAAUAGUAAGUUUUCUUGCUUGGAAUGUUCUGCAGUCCUUCUUAGAUGGUUUUAGUCUUUUAUGAAAGCAAUGACUUUGGUAGCAUAUCAGUGGUCAAAGGUGUGCAAUGUCAAAUUAGUACCUAGUGGACCUCAUGUUAAGCUGGUACCCUGAAUAACUGGUAAACUAAGAAAAGCUUAGGACUGGGCUGCUGAAGCUUCACACCCUGACCCUGUUCAAGAAAAACCCAUUCAUUGUGAACCCUCAUUAAGACAAGAGACCUUCUAUCACAACAACAAUUUUUUCUUCAUUUUGCAUACAGUUUUAAAGAAUAUGGUUAGUAGCACAUCAUUAGACCACACACUGCCAAUGUUUACAUACUAUUUAAGGAUUCUGCUCUAGAGAAACACCUUGUUGAAGAUAAUAAGUUUAUAGUGGAAUUGUGUAGGCUGUUUUACCCCAAAAUCCAGCAAUCCAAACCUUUUCUUUACUUACACAUGUAUUUUCUGUAAAACAAACCUGUAUUAUACAGACACAGUCUUUUAAGUGACCUUAGCGUGAGAUUACAGAGACCCAGGUGUGUCCAAUUAACACAGGUUUCACUGUAUUAAAUCUAAAAUUUAUAUGGUAGCAAAUUGCUGAAUGUAGUUAUCAUUGUGACUGGCUUUUCUUAGAACCCAAUGAUAUUGCUCCAGUGGCUGUUAGUCAUAUUGCUGGUCAGCCAAUCAAUUCAACAGAACAAGAGGUGAUAGGUCUACUGCUGGCACAACAGCAAGUGUUUACAAGCCCUACUAAACUGGAGCCUUCCAGUGUGUCUACAAACCCAGGCUCUAUUGCUAUGGUUACUGAUGAUGUGUUACAACAACAUGGAACUGAAAACAAAGGCAUUGUUAUGGUAAGUAUGCCAACUUAGUUUGAAUUGUACAGUUAUUGCCUUGAGAGAAAGUGUGGGCAAUUUAAUUUACCCCAGCAUAUCUGGGAUUAUCAUGCUAGUAGACCAUGUAGGUUUAAUAGGCUGUAAUGUCAAAGUCUUGAUUGGACUGGAACAGGUGUGAAGUGAAGUGACGCCUUUAUUUAAAGAGGGUAAACACUUGACAGUUUUGAUUUAAACUGAUAAACCUGUGGCCCUUUAUAAACAUAAAAUCAAUAAAAUAUUGAAAUAAUUUUACAAUGUCAAUUAUAAAAAGAUUAAAAUUUAAUGAAAAGAUAAAAAUUUAGAUCAACCCCUUUUACUACUGUAACUCAAUUCCUACAUAGUGAGUUAUAGGGAUUGAUCCAAUCUGUGCUUAUCAAGGUGUUAUUGCAUCUCUACUGUGAUAAAUUUUGUAUGCAUGCAUUAUUGACCAAGCACAAGGUCAUGAUGGCUGGAUAUUUUGUCAUGGUCCUUAAAACUUAAAAAGAACUAGUUUAAUGGUCAGCCAUCUUAGAAAGUCAUCAAACUUGGGUAAUAAAGCAAUAUCAGGUGCGUUUUCAUUGAAGGGCCUCAUCACUACAGAUCAGAUCAACCCGACCAGUAACUUAUAAAAUGACAAAAGGUUAUAAAGGGACUGGGUUGAUCUAAUCUGAUCUAAUCCAAUUUUAAAUUAACGUCAAUGACAAUUCACAAGAGCCUUUGGUAUUUUGUAGAGUGAGGACGAUGUUGAAGUCAAAGAUGAUUCAAUUUUAGUUGCUCAGCAAGGUGAACAAGAUGCUGCUACAGCAACCAUUAUGGCAACAGUGGAUCACCAUGAAGGUAGAUCUAUCUUGCAACCAUAGUUUAUUAAAAUGUUAAAGAAUGUACAGGUAUUGGGUGGAAUUGAACACAAGGCCACUUGGGGUUAUGGUAUUAAUAAGAAAUUUUGUUCUUAUAAACCCCUCACUCCUACUUAGAUUGGUGGUACAUCUGAAUUCAGUCAAACCUAUAUUAUAAAGCUGGCCUACUUUAACCUUUAAGCCCCAAUAUCCACAUGUAAAUUCUCCAUACUGAUCUUCAUACACUUUCCUAAAGAAUUAGUUGGAAGAGUUUGAUAACAGAUCAAAACAUUUCCUCUUAGUGAUCAUUUUAUUAACUCUCAUAACCAUUUCUUUUGGAAACAUAUGAAUAUUGUUAUGAGAAAAUUGAUGUUGGUCACUAUUAGGACUUAAAGGGUUUAAAAGUGGUCAUCCUCUAUAAAGUGGUUACUUUUCUAGGUCCUGAAAAUCAUUUCUCUUCAAUUACUGUAAAACUGAAGUGUAUUAAGCAGUUGCAACACCUUUUCCGUAGUCCCAGUGACUUAUUUUUUCUUUCUCUUGGGACAUGAAGAGGUAGAAACAAGGCUGUGCUCUAAGGAAAAUUGAAGGGAGCCCAGUGCUCUGAAACUGUAAAAUCUAGGGUGUCCAGUGUAUGAUUUGUGUGAAAAAUCUGAGAUUUUCUAGUUGCCCAAGGGCAAUAGUUAGGUGCCAGGGGCCACCGGGUUCUGCUAGAGCACAGCCCUGUAGAAACACUUUUGAAGUCAAUGGAUAUUGCACUUUGUCUUUAUCUAUAAACUCUUAGGUUUGUUAAGCCUGUAUUAAGAACUUGCAAUCUGUAUGACAUGUAAGUGGUCAUUUGGCCAUUCCCCAACAGGGACUUGACUGUACAGCUACGUUGACUUGUAUUUUUUCAUGCUUCCAUCACAGUUGUUUUGGCAAUCAGUUGUUCAACUGUCCUAUAUGCCACAUUAAGAUAUUGAAGUUUCCAUGUGUAUCCUUAUCAUUCACAGAACAAUGCCUUGUAGACUUUGAGGUGACCAGUGGCGUUUUUGACUGUUGUUUGUAGGUAAUGAAGGCUAUCAGUCUGUGCAGACAACUUUGCCUCCAGGUGAUCUUGUCCAGUCAGCAGUGGUGGUUAGCUCAACACCUGGUGGAACUGUGUUCCUUGAGCCUCAGGCUGUGACUCUGACGGAGCUUCCUGGUGGAACAGUACAAACACUUCCUGCUGGGAGCACAUUUGAAGGUAAUCAAAGCUUUAAGUCAAAUCCAAAGCUAAACAUACACGUUGCUUUAAUAACUGGUGUUUCAUAAGUAGACGCUAGAUGGUAACUGGCCAACUGCUGGGCAGUCAUGUCUGAAACUGCAGCCCUGUCUGUAAAUUUAACAUUGACCUCUGCCCCCACCUCGCCCCGCCUGUCCCAGUGCAAUCUUAUGACAACAUAUACACUUUGAACUUGAAUCUAUGUACUGUAUAUACAGUGAAACCCUGUGGCCACUCUACGAACACCCGCUUACCGGUAAUAUGGACACCAUGACCAAGAUAAUACGGACAUCAUGGCAAGUCCCCUUGGUGUCCACAUUAACCAGGUUCAACUGUUUAUGACUUUGUACAUAGGAAGAAUGUUUUUGUGAAGGUAAAACUUAAAAAGUUGUAACUUAAAAGGAACUUAGUGUUUUGGCGGGUAAAUAGGCUUUGUUUAUUGUGGAUUGCACGCAACUUUUCCACCUAUUUUACAGGCGCUCCACUCAAGUAAAUAGAAAUAGAAUAUAAAUGUAACAAACCCCAACUGACAGGAGGCAACCAGUUGGCUUUUUACAAACAUGGCUAAGGAUUUGAAAUUUGAGAAACAAAUCGAGGUAGAAGCCGGAGCAGAGGUUGAAUCUGGGACAAUGAGAUUGCUAGUCUGACACAUGCUGACCAUUCUGCCUAUGUAUAUAUAAAUUGAAAGUUGCUCAUUUUAAAGAGGGUUGAGGUGCAAAGUAAUACUUAUCAAGUCACUUUAUGCAAAGUAUAAAUCUAAGAACAAAUUAGAGCGUUCAAAUGCAAGGGCUUUUCCAUUUCAUAACAUUAAUAAUUUUUCUUUCAGCAACAUAUGUUCACCAAGCCAGUGAUGGUACCAGCUAUGUCAUCACAUCAGAACCAACUUCUUUUGACACCAACUCGACAGUUUCCAUGACAACUAUAUCAGAGUCAAACCCCUCCAUGGUGAGUCCAACUGAGACAGUGGAUACCACAGGGAUUCCUCUGGAGGACCACUCGACUCUGUUUGUUUUACAGGAGGAUGGUAGUGCAGCGGAUCAAGAGGUAUAAAAACGCACUUUAUUUGAGUGUCAAUGUAUUUAGCUUGAAAGUGUUAGGAACACGAGUUUUUUGUCCCCUACUGCUAUUUUACGUAGACAUCCAAGCCACGCCAAGGUCAAGCUGUUCGCAGGGCAAAACCAAUACCUUUAUUUACAACGGAAAGUAGAAAAAAUGAUACUGAACAAAACUGAACCAGUAAAACCAGCUAAUAAUUUGUCGGUAUUUGUAGACACAUAUAUCCUGUACAGUAUAUGUUGUUGUUAUUUAAAUGUUACACGUCUUCUUCUGUGAAUUGAGUUUUUUAUAUGGGUAAUUUCGAGGGUUUAAAUUUCGCGGGGAGUUUUAUUCGCAGGUCUUUAAUGAUGCGAUUUUUCCACAAUCGCGAAAAACGCGAAAUUAAAGACCCGGGAAAUUAAGUAUUUAUGACCUUGAGUUUUGGUCUGGCACCAGUUGUUCGAAAGGUGGAUAAUGCUAUCCAACGGAUAAAUCACUAUUUACUGGAUAGCGCAAUGAUUGGUUUCCUGAAUACUUAUCCACUGGAUCGUAGCCCUGUCCAUUUGGGGCGUGGUCCUCGGAAUGGGCCAUUUCCGAGUUCCACCGGGCCUCUGUAUCAAAACGAGGUUAAGUGUAUUAGACGAUUUUUCAUUCUCAUGCAAAAAAAUCUCAUUUUCACAAGAAAGGUUGUGCACUUGGCCUCAUUUUGAAAGUGAGGGUUUUUGGAACUCGGAAGUGGUUUGAACCCACGACGUCCUGCUCUAGUGCUCCUUUUAAGAGAGUCGAGGUCCUGUGUCACCCAUGGCAAAUGUCAGAGGUGGCCAUUACAUUGCUUAUCUCACAAUUAUGAAAAAAUUACAGUUCUCACUUGUGCUUCUACGAAUGAGAAACACUUUUAUGGGGUGAUACCUUAAGAGUUCUUUUUUUUCAUGAACUAGGGGUCAACAAAAAAGAUAUACCAUUGCGGGAUCGAUGGAUGUAGUAAGCAGUUUUCAACAUCUUAUCGGCUGAAGGCACAUGGACGAAGCCACACGGGAGACACAUUUAGAUGUGAAGAGAAUGGCUGUGAGAAGGCUUUUAUAACUCAGAGCGACUUGACAAAACAUGUUAGAACUCAUUCAGGAGAAAAACCAUACCGUUGUGAUCACGAAGGUUGUGGAAAGGUUUACACAACGGCACACCAUUUAAAGGUUUGUUUAAUGAAAAAUCUACCGUCCAUGUAGCUUGCCGCCAUAAUUUGACGUUGGUGAAGAUAUCUCUAAAUAGGCAACGAUGUCUCAUGUGAGCAAUAUUUCAAGAUUCUUUUCGAUUUAGCUUGUCGGUGAUUAGUCUCCAGUACUGUCAGGGGCACCCAACGAGGAUAUAGUUCAAAACCACUUAACAUAGCAUUGUUGAACGUAUUUUAGUAUUUAAACGGUAGAUAUAGGCAUAUUUUUAUCCCCUAAAAACUUUUCAUCUGUUCGGAUUUCCUAGCUGAAAGUCUAGUAAUCCGAAAAUUAUAGGGAUAAAAACUUACCUUCUCGAAAAUUUCAGCCAGGAAAAGGCUCCCUGAAAAUUCUAGGUGGCCUUUUUUAGGGGACAAAAUCCGCUAAAAACUCAGGGUAAUUAUACCAUUUUGUAGAUGUUCGAAAAUCCUAGGAGAGGCAGGCAAGCAAGAAAUUUUACAACAAAUGCUCCGAAAAUUCUAGUUCUCAAAUCGUCUUCCGAACAGAUAUUUUCCCGAAAAUUGCCGUUGGGUGCCCCUGUACUGUAACCUGAGGACAGUCAGGGGGACUAUUGGCUGUAAGACACUCAGUGGUAACCUCUCCUCUCGGGUGCCCCGUGCACUCGUUGCCUAAGCGUCCCCUAAUAACAGCUGUCGCUUAGGCAAUAAGUGCUGAAGUCAAUACCCCCCGCCCCCUCCCCCCAAUAAGGCCUACGAUUGUGAGGCCUCACAAUCUCACACUGGAGACACUGCACAGGUCACUAGAGUCUUCUUUAAAAAGGAGGUGGGAUUUUAUUUCGAUUUCUUGAAAAUCAUUUUUUUCUGUCGGUUUUAGACGAUUUUAAGCAGAAAAUGAAUAUAUAGGCGCUAAAAUGGCCCCUUUGUGGGAACAGUUUUAAGAGGCUGUCCGCGUAAGAACCGAUAAGGCAAAUUUUGGUCUAUCACGGAUUGCCCUGAUUUUUUCAGUGGAAGAUAACUAUCCUAUCCCAUGAAGAAAUAUCACAUUUAUUUGCACCAACUCAAUUUUUUCUCUAUUUUACAGAAAGAUUUUCUAAGUCACCUAAAACUAGCCAGUUUGCCGUCGGAAGUGGUGCGAUUUUGGUGAAACUUUAGGGCCCUUGCAAACCUACCUUACAUAGCCGAAUAAGCUGAUUAUUUUACACACAACAGUUUUAACUCUUAUUAAUAGUUUCAAGAUUUAGUGGUUGCAUUCUGUGGAAAGUUGGCUGAGAUAUAAUUUUUUUUAAAUGAUCUUUAAUUUGCUUAUCGGGAAAAUUAAUUUGCGUAACUAGAGCUGAACGGUAAUUUCGCAAAAGUGGCACCUGACCCAGACUCAAGUCUAUUAUAAAACAGAAGUACUAAGACCAGUCUACAUCUUAAUGCAAUAAAAUUUGUGGGCAGUCUUCUUUGCGUGCUGUACAAAGUUCCGUUAAUGUGCCAAAAUUCGCCACUUUGACAGCAAAGCUGGAAUUGUAACGGUCUGCAUCUGGUCGACUAAUUUUUCACAGCUUUAACGUUUCUAGCUAUCACUAACUGUCAUUAGACCCUUUAAAUGUUGGACUUUCGAAAACAUGUGGAGAAAACUUGGUAAUCGCUUUUUCUUGGGUUUUUCCUCGUCGACGAUGAACGUGACUUCGUUCUCCGUAUGCAAAUUAGCCUUAGAUGCUUCGUCUCAACAAAUUGACAUGAAACAUAAUCCUUACAUUUCACAUUUCUACGUUGAAAAAUAACUCUCCUUUCCACAGGAAAACACGAAUCAUUACUUAGAAUUCCCGUUAAGGUCUGUUUUUUUUUUAACGAGGAAGAAGCAGCUGAAUAAUAUAUCAUGAUACAUGUUUGCGUGGCUUAAAAUAAUUCAAUUAUUGUUGCCUGUCACGCAUUCCUAAAGAGGGGCGGUCGAUUAGAAAACGAUAGCGUUGUAUCGAUCAAUUUUUAUUAUAUUAUCAUCUUUUUUUAAAUGAUAGUUAUUGAUAAUAAUAAAAAAAUAAGAGUUAACUUGCAAGGUAAGUCCUCUUGUCAGCACAAUAAAAUUUGUGGGCACUCUUUUCUGCUUAUCAGAUCUUUGUACACGGCACUAUGAUAAAAAAAAAAAAUGCUCCAACACUUUUUCUGUCUUAACAGUUUUUUAAAGAGAAAAUCCCUGUAUGGCUUUGCAAAAGGCAAAUUAGCUGUGAAUUUCAGUUUCAUUCAAAGAUCUUUAAAGCGUUUAUCGGUACCACAAUGGAACGGGAAAAAAUAGUUUCUUUUUUCAGUGAAUACACGCAAAAGGGAUUAUCUCAGUUUUUAGUUUUUGUCAGGGUAUAACAUCCGUAUUCCUAAGAUGAUCUUGUUUUCGUUUCAAUCUAAUUGAAUUAUAAUGCAACAGGUGCCAGUUUCAAAUAUAAUUAUGUCAAUGAAAUCGCCGAAGAGAUCAAUUGUGAAAAAUGGCUUAUUCGGCUAUAGUCAUACGAUCAAGCUGUUCUUUCCGCGAGAUCGUCAAGACAGAGUGUGGUCCCAGUAGGGGUAUGGACAACCUUGUCCCCAGGGCUUUUCCCUUUUCACUUGUCCAAGUGUAGCAAAGUCAAUGACUGAAUGAACUCAUUGUAGCGAGAGUAGAGGUUUGGUAGGUAUUCGGAACUGAAAUGACAAUCUGCCCAAGGCACAGACACUUAAUAGCCUGUGUACAGACCCCCCUCCCCUUAGGAAAAAUCGGAGAAGGGGUGGGAGGUGGUGUGUACACAGGCUAACACUAAAAUGACAAUCUGCCCAAGGCACAGACACCUACUUAGCAGGUUUUUGCGAGCGCCAAGGUCUUGUUAGGCUCGACUGUAAGCCGCUGAGCUGGAAAAUGAGCCCCCAAGGGACCGGGAGACGGUGGAAAUCGAGCCUAAGGUCUUGUCAAUACCCAGGUCAUACUCUGGAUCAUACUGGCAAAAUAACUACUGUGACAUGUCGUGAAUUUCCAGAUAGCCCGCGAAAUAAGUCAAAGUUUUGCUUCAUCAUGUAAGUAUCAUUCUUUUUUCUUCUUCAUGCAAAAAAUUUCUAAACGUACAGAGAUAUUCUAAUUUCUCUAUUUAACCUUUUAUCUUGCGAUGUUUUCUGAUGUUCGUUUCCAGUUUAUUUGAGCUUGCAAAGAUAGUUUAUUUAUUUCUAUUUUUUGACAGCCGUGUAUCUUGCCCUAAUCAAUUCUUACCUUUAAAAUGCUAAGGUUAAUCCGUGUGUUGUAAAAGAUAGUUUUCUGGUGAUUGUUUGAAGAGCAUUAUAAAUGGAAAAAGAAAGAACUUUCUACGCGGAGCCAAGAUUCAACCUCGUCCCCAGGGCUUUCCCGCCCCUGUCAUUUUCUAAGAGGAAUGUCCCUGGGACGUGUGUGAAAAGUAUUUCAUUCUUGCAAUGAAAAUAAUUUUUUUUAACUUAAACAGUGUUUAAAACAUGUCUCUGGUUUUGUAAAAAUUAGUGACUCUUAAAAGUACCAGGAUGUUCAGUUCAACUUUAUAUAGCCGAUUUGCUCCUCCUGUCGCAAGAAACGUGAAAAAACUUGACGCUAAAGGGUCGAGAAGAGUACGAUUGAUCAGUCAGCAACCAUGUCCACACCUUUGUCGGAGAGGUUUAUUGGACAAGAUUUCUCUGUUUUUCUUGUUUUGAUAACGUUUUCACUAAGUCUUCAAAAAUGCCUCCAGAUUGCUUUCUUUCUUUCUUUUUUUUUUUUUGUAUUUAUACCCUCUUGAACAAUGUGCCGCCAUCAAAGUGCUCCUAUCAUCUCUCUAUUUUUAACCUACUUUACCAUCCACCCUCUCUCCCCCCGGUUCCACCUUUACUUUUACAAGCAUUAUACUUAAAGGGGUGAAAUUUCGCCUGUGUAUAUCACUUUCUGAAAAAUUAAGUCCUUCUACUUUUUCCUUAAAUUCUUAAACUUAGUUCAGUUUUUACCACCAAAGAUGCUGCUAAGGCGUGCAAUAAGCGCACUCGCCCUUUCAUAUACUUCAUCUAGUGAAAUGCCUACCCUUUCAUAUACCUGAAGCCUGAAAUACUCCUUUCGGGCGGAGUCUCCCCGUAGAGGCCAUCAUAGGGAGUUCCCCCUACCCCCGUUCCAAUUCCGUGCUCACCUAUUGCCAGCCCAUGUUAGACUUUAGGCCCGUUUGAGUCAACACCUAAACAUAGUCCUAAGUGAAAUUACAAUAAGGUUAAGGACACAAUAACCAAUGUAAUGAACUUGAAUAUAAAUUGAACUUGACCAUAGAGAUCUGCUGCAAGAAGACGAGGUGUUCGCAGGAAAAAUCUUGUUGCAGGAAUUGCUGAAGAGUAAUUGAAACCACAACAUCCUCAAUCAGAAGCUUUCAACCUAUGUGUAUGUAAAAGGAAGAUCAACCUACGAGUAACAGAGCCGUAGCUACAGUCCUGGGUAAUGAUAAAAAAAUCUUGUGCCACUUUGAAAUACCAUUCAAAUCCAGGGAAAGAAAAGAACACCUAAGUUACAAACUUUCGUCUUUCAUACAAGAGUGCACGUGCUUUUCUCCAUCAGCUCAGUAGUAAACAUAGACAACAUAGGGAUCCUUAAGUUAGUGUGAUUAACAGCCGGCAAAAACUUUUGGGAUUUAACAGGAGACGGACCGUAAACAAAAAACCAUGCAUUUUUCUGCAUGCCAUUCCUAAUUUUUACUGAAAUGUUGUUAAUUAGCGAUAAACACAUGCACAAUACCACCGUAAAGUUUGUAGGGUAGCCUAUUAGCUAGGGAUCUAGGAAAUGUGUAUGCUGCUUAAAGGACUUUGCAGGUGUGGUCCUGUGGUGUCGCACGGUAUUUCUGAAGUUGUUUGCGAGCGAUUUCCCAAAGAUCAAUUGUCUUUCUGUAAUUUAAAAUAUUGUGCUAGUGCUCGUGAGGAAGAGUGGCCAUGUCGAAGUGACUACUUUAUAGCUAAUUGUCAUGUAUUACACCAGUGGCCGCCCGGGGAUACUGACUCAGUUAAAACGGUUUUAGAAUGAAUAAUUACAACAGCACGGUAUUUCCCACCCAGUAAAGAAUCGGAAUUAACAGUGAUUAAGUUGUAUGAUUGUCAAUAACUAUCACUUCAAAAAAGAUGUAAUAAGAUAAAAGAACUGAUCGAUACAUGGUCACACUGGGGGAAUGCGUGACGGGCCACAGUAAUUAAAUUAUUUUAAUUCGCGUAAGCAUAUCUUCUUCUGCUGCUUCUUCCUCGUAAAAGAAACAGACCUAAGGGGAUUCUAAGUCAUAUAUCGUUCGUGUUUUUCCGUGGAAAGAAGAGAUAUUUUUCCCUUAAAAAUAUGAAAUACAAGUAUCAUAUUUCCUGUCAAUUUGUUGACACGACGCAUCUAAGGCUAAUUUGCAUACGGAGAAUGAAGUCAUGUUCAUCGUCGACAAGAAAAAAACCCAAGAAAAAGCGAUUACCAAGUUUUCUUCACAUGUUUUCGAAAGUCCAACAGUUAAAGGGUCUAACGACAUUUGGUGAUAACUAGAAACGUUAAAGCUGUGGAAAUUAGUCGAUCCGAUGCAGACCGUUACAAUUCCAGCUUUGCUGUCAAAAUGGCGAAUUUAGGAACAUUAACGGAACUUUGAACAGCACGCAAAGAAGAGUGCCCACAAAUUUUAUUGCAUUAAGAAGUAGACUGGUCUUAGUACUUCUGUUUCAUCAUAGACUUGAGUCUGGGUCAGGUGCCACUUUUGCCAAAUUACCGUUCAGCUCUAGUUAUGCAAAUUACUUUUCCUUCUGAGCAAAUUAAAAGUCAUUUUAAAAAAAUGAUAUCUCAGCCAACUUAUCACAGGAUGCAACCAUUAAACCUUGAAACUAUCAACCAGAGUUAAAACUUUUGUGUGUGAAAUAAUCAGCUUAUUCGGCUUUGCAAGGCAGGUUUGACAGAGCCCUAAAGUUUCACCAAAAACGCACCACUUCCGACGGCAAAAUGGCCAAUUUUGGGUGACCGAGAAAAUCUUCUUGUAAUAUAGAGAAAAAAUUGAGUUGGUCCAAACAAAUAUGAUAUUUCUUCAUGGGAUAGGAUAGUUAUCUUCCACUGGGAAAACCAGGGCAAUCCGUGAUAGACCGAAACUUGCCUUAUCGGUUCUUACGCGGACAGCCUCUUAAGACGUUAAAAGUGCCCUUCCAGAACCCUUGGAGUUAAUGUGCUGCAGCAGGCCACGACAAUUACAGCAUUAGACACGUUUCAUGCAUGUAAAUCUUCCAUAUUGGGCGUUAAAUACUCGAGAAGUACACGCGUGUAAAUCAGAAAAAAAUAGUGAACAUCAUUAAGGCAUUGACGAUCUGCUUUGUUUGGAAAAGUACUUACUUGCAAAUUAGCUAAGACCACGCAAAAGUUUAAUGAUGGAAGUUGUAUGAAUUUUAGAUUUUUAGUAGAUCAUAAAACUUCCCUGAAUUACUGCAAUCGCUCAUUCGUGGUUAGUUAAAUUAUAAAAUCGUAACUCUGGGUUGUCACUAAGAUUUCAAGUUGCCAGGGAGAAUACAACAAGAAAGUAGGGAAUCAAACUACGAAAGCUAGGGAUUUCUUUUUUUUCUAUUUUUCUAUUUUCCUGUGAAAGUAGCGGGGGGCCACGUUCCUAGUACCCGGGGGAAUCCCUGGGCCCCGCCUCUUAAAAGCCCUGGUAACUUGUCUCCAUUUGUCUCCCAACAUGAGUUCCCCUUUUGGUAUAUUUUACUUUUUACCAGGAAUCUUAUAAGGCAGAGGUCCGAUCGUAUUUUUGCAGGUACAUGAAAGAGCGCACACUGGAGAGAAACCUUUUAAAUGUAGAGUUGACGGCUGUGACAAGGCCUUUGCAACAGGUUAUGGACUAAAGAGCCACACGCGUACACAUACAGGAGAGAAACCUUACAAAUGCCCUCAAGAAGGGUGUGGCAAGGCAUUCAAGACUUCAGGAGAUUUACAAAAACACGUACGCACACAUACAGGUCAGUAAAACGCAUUAUAAAAUUUAGAUUACACAUACAGGUCAGUAAAACGCAUUAUAAAAUUUAGACUACCGUAUUUAUUCGAUUAACCGCCCUGGGCGCUUAUUAAAUUUUUGGACCUUGAGAGUGGGCGCUUAUUCGAGGUGGGCGCUUAUUCGAGGCUGGGCGCUUAUUAAAUUUUCACCAUUUUCAGCAAGUGAAGCAUGUUUAUUUUAUAACAAAACAAUAAAUGCUAAUAACAAAACGCGAAGAAGUAACAAAGCAAGGUUUCUGUAAAAUACUCUGAAGAAGACUCCGUCCUCGGGGAAGUCUCUUAUUAGAAUUUACUCACUCAAGUGGGUGGGGUGGGGUGAGCGCUUAUUUGAGUUUGAUUGGGAGGAGUAGGGGGUGGGCGCUUAUUCGAGGGUGGGCGCUUAUUAACUUUUUCUGCCUUUGGGAUGGGCGCUUAUUCGAGGUGGGCGCUAAUUCGAGGUUGGGCGCUUAUUCGAAUAAAUACGGUAUGUCCACACUGUACCGGAAAGCUUUUGCGCCGGCACAAAAACCAUACCGGAUAAGCCGCUUCUCUUCCAACAUAAGAACGGUGAUUUCGACGCCAUUACUGUAACGGAACGAAACUGCACCGCUCAAAUCUCUUAAACGGAGUGUCACAUUUCAGACGCGUUCUUACUACACUUUCGUUUCGGCACGAAAAGCUUUCCGAAAUAGUGUGAACACAGCCGCCCGCUUAAUGUCGACAAAUCGGCAAAGAAAUGCUGAAGAGCUCUGGUUGUUCAAAAGGUGGAUAACGCUAUUCACUGGAUAAAUCUCUCCCAAUAAUUAUCCAUUGGAUAGUGACUUAUCUGGUGGAUAGCGUCAUCCAACAUCCAUUGAACAACUCGGUGCAGCAGAUGGUCGCACAGUUAAAAGUGUAUUAAAACAGUCAAUCUCGUCCGCUAUCAUGUUUCUAUUGUUUUGUCAUUUUCGAUACUUGCUAAGUCCCAGAAAUAGUUCCCUGUAAUACUAAAACUAAAUUGGCGUCUAUUAUAAAGCGAUUGCGGUCUAGUCAGGUUACUUUUUAUUCCUCUUAACCUCUUUUGACCCUUUCCCUUCCAAAAGUGUGGCUAAAGCCACAGUUCAACAAAAUUUCCAAAUUUCAUUUUGUAAAAUGCUGAAAACAAACAUUAUUGUUUGAAUGUACUGUUCACAGACUCAAAACUUAGAACUAGAUACUAAAUAAAUAGUACCAUGUGAAAGUACUGCUGAAGAGGUUUCAUUUGAAUGGUCACACCAUAGGAUUUUUCUCAAACAUUCAGGCUAGGAGAGAAAGGGUUUUAAAGCGGUCUCUUUUUUACGACUUACCCGAAGUACGUCUUUACUCCUCGCUCAAGGCUGAAGUGGAGAGAUUCGACUGUAUUGUAGCUGAAAGGAAUAAGAAGUCAGAAAAAUCGGUAUCCGUUUUGCAAACCGUCAUCAUUAUUAUAAAUCUUGUUUCCAGGUGAGAGACCCUUCACGUGUCCAUAUGCUGGGUGUGGCCGCUGUUUCACCACGUCCAACAUCAGAAAAGUGCACAUGAGAACUCACACAGGGGAACGACCAUACGUGUGUGAACACGAGGGAUGCGGGCGGUCGUUUGCUAGUGCUACCAACUUUAAGAAUCAUUCAAGAAUACAUACAGGUGUGGGAAAUAUUUAUCUUAUAUGCAUUUACUUUUAAAUUCAGAUUCUGGAGUUGUGAAAUUGUUUAUUCCACUGUUCCGCCGACGAACAAACCACUGUUGAAAAGUGAUAAUUUGCGUCAACAAAAGUGUCAUUAGUUUGUGCAACCAAACAAGACUAUGCUCAUAUCGCCAUGACCUUAAAUGUCUCUUGGUAGCGGAGAAAUUGUUACUUAAAUGUCUCUUGGUAGCGUGUGCUACAGCGCUGUUUUGUUCAUUAAAGCAUGAGAUUUCCCCGCAUUGUCUUGAUUGCCUAUGUAACAUUAAAAAAUAGUAGUAGUGAACAGGCCCUUGGUAAAACCGCACCAUUUUACUCAUAAACGCAAAAUCUUAAAAUUUCAUUGUUUGAGAAUGUACAUGUAAUGGCCUAAAGGCUGUUCGUUUGUGGCUAAAAUUGUUGUGCAAUGUUGAUUUUUCAUUCAGGGGAGCGGCCAUAUAUUUGCCAAGUGAUUGGCUGUAACAAGCGCUUUACAGAAUACUCCAGUCUAUACAAGCACCAUGUAGUCCACACUCACAACAAACCAUACACGUGUAACAUCUGUAACAAGACCUACAGACAAACAUCUACACUGGCCAACCACAAGCGGACAGCUCACUGCGAUAUGUCGGAUGUUGACCACUUGAGCGAAGGUAAGGAAUGUUUUUAAAGAUAAAUCAAGAGUUAAACUGCUUGCAGUCCGCCUUUUCUCUUAAGAUUCGUCGGGUUCUUAUCUUAGCUAUAGAGUGUUUGCAAAACAACAACGUAGCAAAAAAACCUACGCCCUCGUUUCUGGCGGCUCGCGGCUCUUUUUCGGGUACCAAAAACUGACGCAGGUCCCCAGGGUGGAGAUUUUUGAAAACGUUUGUCGUCUUCGUGUAGACGGACGAAACGGAGGUUUUCGGAUACGAUAUUAAUUUCAUACAUCAUGUAGCGUACACCCUGUAAAGGACGCUGUCGUUCUAGCAUUGUUUUAGCGUUUUCGGUGGAUGAGCAAAAUCAAUUUGAAUACGCUCAAGUAGAUUCGUACUUUUUGAAAACGGAGAAAAUAUCUCCGUUUUAUCCGAAUACGUAUGAACGAGGCCUUAUAGGCAUCCAUAAAAAGUCCUUUUGUCGAUUAUUACUGUAACUGCAGGAUAGCAAUUUGAUUUUUAAUGUACGUUUUUAUGUAUUUUUAAAAAACUGCAGCUGAUUACGACGUUGGACAAGACGAACCCACUACCAAGCGCCAGCGAUUGGACUACACUGACACAAUUCAAGGUACCCAAGCAUUCCCGCAUGGUGUGCCUGUGGUUAUAGCAGAUGAAGCAUCGGUAGCCGCGCUUCAAGCCAUGGACGGAAGCCUGGCAGAUAUCCAGCAGCAAAUGGCUGAAGGAGGUCAUGUGGCCGGUCACAUUGCCAUUCCUGUUGCCAUAGCAUCAGACGCUGGAAUACAAGUCCAAGGGGAUCUAGAACAUGCCGUUACCCUCUCACAGGGAGCCCAGCAGUUGAGUUCAACACUUGUUGACAGCUCAGGACAUGAGCUGGACGUGUCUUCCGUACAGGUCGUGUCAGCACCGCAGACAGUUGUCGUGACAUCCCUGGAGGCCGUGACAGGGUCUGGACAACCAGCAGAGACAGUGGUUGUC